AUGGGACGCUCUAGACCUGUGAAGGAAUCUUCUACUAAAACAAAUCCAUCAACAACCAUUGAGACUGCAUCAAAAUUGGAAAAACUCCAAAAAAGUAUAGAAGAACUUCAAAAAGUAAACAACGACAUGGCUAAAGAAAUUAAGGAAUUAAAAGAAACAUUUUGUGGACAAAACAAAAUAAUUGUAGAUCUAUUGUCUGAAAUGCAUGUCUUAUUUCCUCUUAAAUCUAAAUCGGAAAUGGACGAUAUAGAACUAGAAAUUUCUGAUGAAAAUAUGGAAGCUAUGACUCACACAAUUAAAAAAAUAGUGGGAAGAAAUGGUAUUAAGAAAAUGCUAACAGCCAUUUUUGAUAAACAUCUGCUACUAGAAUUUAACGUUGAUGGAAGACAAAAUAAAAAAAGACUCUUAGACUACCCAAAACUUAUAAAUUUAAUUUACAAAUGUGUCUAUAAAGACGAAAUGUUGACAAAAAAGGCCUUUUAUGAUGAAAUAAGAAAAGGCAUUCGCUUGGCAAAAAAUAGACAUUACAAAGAAGCAUCCUUUAAAAAAAUCAGCAGCUUAGAUUAA